CUCAAAUGUAAACAAUAUGGCGGAUAAGGAAAAGCAGUCGUCAUGGUAGAUACCACGCUUUGAGUCAAAAGUAGAAACGUUACAAGGUUGUUUUCUUUUGGAAAUUAUUGUAGGAGUUGACAGAUUGUGUUCAUUAACAUGAAUUACAGAUGGAAGCAGUAGAACGUCCCCAUACUAGUCGAGGCAUACGCUCUCGAGCACGACGCCCCCCUUCAAGGGGUGGAAGACAGAUUGAACAGUUGCUAAACGAUGAAGGUGAAGAAAAUGGAAGGCCAGCAUCUCGACGAGGAUUUACACCAGAGACAUAUGACAGAGAGGAUUAUGAUGAAUUUUCAAGACAGAGCCAUGUGUUUGAAAGGCAGUUGACACCAGAAUAUGGAAGUCCUCCUGGAAUUAUGUCAGGACACAUGUCUCCUUACCAACAGAGGAACUCCCCAGCCUUCAGGGACAGUCCUCACUCACACAGAGGCUACCGACCUCAUAGGGACAGCCCCUUAAUUCACAGCCCCACUCAUCAGGAAUCUCCUCACAAUACCCCAUUUGAAAGACCCUCCUCCAGGAGGAAAGGGGAUGUCCCAGAUACUGGAAGACAGUAUAGUAUUUCACCUACUCACCAUGAGGACUUUCAUUAUGGUUCUUCACCGACAGAGAGGCACCAUGUUUCCUCACCUACAGAAAGACAUUACGGUUCCUCACCUAACCAUGGACACCCUGACCAUAGAUAUGGUGGCCAACAUAUCUAUGAUAACAACCAACAAGCUGAUUUUGAGCACAGAGCAAACUCUCCCAUGAUGGAAACCAAUGUGUUGUGUUUGGAUGAUUCUUGGCCACCAUCUCCCAGAGAGAAACCUCCUACAGCUCGCCCAAAGUCUAGCCGAAAACGAUUGAAAAGUGGGAGAAAGAAAAGGCACGAGCAGGAAUCCCACCAGACCUACUCAGCUGUUGACACACCAAUACUCAGACCUCCUUCAUCUCUCUCAAAGUACAAACCCCUUCCUGCAAUAGGUGCUACAUCACCUACAACUGAUGAUGUAGAAAACAUCUCCAAAAAGACACAGAGUGUGACGCUUGGACUUGGUGAAAGGACUCGAACAAGUUACUCCAUAGACCUCUCCAAAAAAGAGGAUCCAACUGAAAAUGGCACUUCAGGAGAAAGUGCUAGAAGAGAUAGUGUUGAUCAGAGAAAGAGUGGUCGACGAGAAAGCUUUGAACAAAUUACCGAUAGCAGGCGUCAAAGUUUUGAACAACCUGAUUCAAAUAGAAAACUUUUAGAUCUGUCUAACAAAGACGGAUUUAAACCUCGCGACCUCCCAACAGAGCCUGGGGAGACAGAACAGCGGAUUUUGUUGGCUAUAAGAUUACCAGAUGGAAGAAGACAUCAAAGGUAUUUCAGGUUAGUAGAAAAAAUGGACACGGUGCUAAAAUUUGCCGAGAAUGUAACAGGGAUGGAAUUGGGAGAGUACAGGCUUGCAUGCAAUGCCCCAAAGGCAGUGUUUACUGAUCUGACACAACUUAUAGGGGAGUCUGGGCUUCAGGAUAGAACAGUUCUCUACCUUGAGGAGCUGGAGUGAAAAGCUCAACAUCUCUUUUGAGGAAACUCCUUUGCCCAACUUUUCAAUCAAAUUGACUUGGCAUAUAGUCUUUAAGUUUCAGCAUGUAUAACUAUGUUGUACAUGUACAAGAGCAUAGUUUCUGUUAAAAAAUUAAAUUUUUUAAAACAUGACCACUUGAAAUUUUUGUCAAAAGAAAGACAAAAAAACAAUGCUUAUACAGCUUAAAUGUUAAUUGAUUUUAAUUCAGUUUUUGUGGGAAAGAAAAAUCCAAAUUACUGUAUUUCUUGUUAAGUACAACUUCACAAGUUUUGGAUGUACAUGUAUGUGUACAUACUAGCUAUAUUAGCUAGUGUUAUAAUUUCUUUUAUAUGAAAGGAGGGUAAAAUGCACUGGAAAAAAACACUUUGAAAUAAUUUUUUUCAUAUAUGUUAAAGAUAAAAACUAAUUUUUACUCAUCUUGUAACAAACUCAUAUCCCAGUGCUUAUAUUUUGUGUCAGAUUUUUAUUUAUUUUUCUCUUUGUACAUAUAUGUAUUAAUUUAACUAUGUAC